GGGUGGGCGGAUGAGUGGCGCGUGGACCAAACGCGUCAUGGAUUUCCUCCAAAAGACAAAGGAUGGAAGACAAAGCGAUGCUAUGAUGAGCGAGAGACUGAGUCUUACAAGUCAGCAGAGAGCAGUCUCCCUCGGUGGGGAAACACAUGCGGCAAUUGAAGCUUUCAAGGCUAGACAAGGGAGCAGACGAAGUGAUUUCAGCGAAAGCGAGAGGAAAGCGCAAAAGAACGGCUCUUUGGAUGAAAAAGCAAAUGAACAGAAAAGAAGAUCCUAUGGUGAGAAAACAAAUGAACAGACGAGAAGGUCUUUUGAUGAGAAAACACACGAACAAAGGGGAAGAUCCUAUGGCGAGAGAGCAAUUGAAAAAAGAGAAGUGUCUCAAGGUUCAAGUGCCCAUACAAGUAAAUGA